UCGUGACCACUGCAAUCAGAACAAAGAAGAAUCAUCGAUUCCGAGUUUUAACGCCAAAAGGGUAUCUCCCAAACCAAACCCACAAAAAAAUCCAUCUUCGGUUUCGUAUUUCUGGAUUUCUUGGGUGAGAGAUGUCUCUGAGAAUGCGCGGCUUUGAUUGAAUUCUUGUAGUGGUGUCAAAUAUAUGUAUUCAUAUCUGGCAAAUGGAGAGAAACGGAGAUGAUGGUAUUGUAGGAGAGAACUCUCAGCCACGUGCAGAGUGUGAUGGCCAAUCGUCGGCUCUGAGCUCCAUCCUCUUCUUGGAUCAUGUUGGGCAAGUCAUCCUCACCUUCAAUUCAGAUGGGUUGUCUUGGAAAUUGGUCAAGCCCUUCAAUAGCGAUGAGUCAACUUGUUUAGGCAUCAGACUUGCUCCUAACAGUGCAACUGAGAUCAAAUUCUCUGAUAUUUAUGCUGUCGAAUUCAUCAGCUACGGCUUGGUUCAUGAAUCAAAUCUUCCAAGCUCUGGGAGAUGUCUUGUGCAUAAUGACUAUGAGAUGUACCGCUUUACGGUGCAUGGUGUCCGAAGGUCAACAACACAGCCUUCUCUUUGGGUCCCAGCUGUGUACACAUUUGGGCAUAAGGAUCUACAAACGUGUCAGAUGUGGGUUAAUCAUUCUAAUGCUUCUCUAAACCUUGAAUUGGGGAGACCAAGAAAUCUUAUGGUUUUUGUUCAUCCAAGGAGUGGGAAAGGGAAUGGUUGCAGAACCUGGGAAACUGUGGCACCCAUAUUCUCACGUGCUAAAGUCAAAACAAAGGUGAUCGUGACCGAGAGGGCAGGACAGGCAUUUCAUGUGAUGGCCUCUACUUCCAACAAGGAUCUUUACUCAUAUGACGGUGUUGUAGCUGUUGGUGGUGAUGGUUUCUUCAAUGAAAUCCUUAAUGGGUUUCUUUCUUCAAGGCAUAAAGCUCCUUACCCACCAAGCCCAACAGAUAUUGUUCAUUCUGUUGAUGGGAAUGGCAGUUUCUUAAUUCAUCAUGGUUCAAGUGGAACAGUUGCUGAGACUACCAGUCAAAAUGAAGACCAUUCACCUCUUCUCUCAACUCCAAUACAAGAAAAUGGACCGGGAUUCUCAAAUUUUAGAACUGAAGAUGGUUCUUGUAACAUCGCAGAUCAAGAUUGGGAGUUUCCCUUCCCUAAAGAACGGUUUAGAUUCGGAAUCAUUCCUGCAGGUUCAACUGAUGCCAUUGUGAUGUGUACAACUGGAACUCGAGAUCCUAUGACAUCAGCAUUGCACAUUGUCCUUGGUAAAAGGGUGUGCCUCGAUGUAGCUCAAGUUGUAAGAUGGAAAACAACGUCAGCAUCAAAAGUUGAACCUUGUGUACGCUAUGCGGCUUCUUUUGCUGGGUAUGGAUUUUAUGGAGAUGUCAUUACUGAAAGUGAAAAAUACCGCUGGAUGGGCCCCAAUCGCUAUGAUUAUGCAGGAACAAAAGUGUUUUUGAAGCACAGGUCAUAUGAGGCAGAAGUAGCAUACUUACAAGUCAAAUCAGAAGAAACAAAUUCGACUUCCGAGAGAGGUCACUUUAGUAAUCAAAUACAAGCAUUAUGGAGUCGAAAUAAAUCUGAAAGAGUGGUUUGUCGCGUUAAUUGCACUGUCUGUAACAAAAAACCAAUUCGGGUAUCAAUAGGAAGUCCCCGAGCAACACCUUACUCAUGUCCGGAAGAAACAAGAUGGUUGAGAUCCAAAGGGCGUUUUCUUAGCAUUGGAGCCGCUGUAAUCUCUUGCCGAAAUGAAAGAGCACCAGAUGGUUUAGUGGCUGAUGCACACCUUUCAGACGGUUUCCUUAAUCUCAUAUUGAUUAAAGACUGUCCUCAUGCUUCGUAUCUAUGGCACCUUACUCAGCUUGCAAUGAGAGGUGGGAGUCCCCUGAACUUUGAGUUUGUUGAACAUCAUAAGACAACGGCAUUUACGUUUACUUCUUUUGGCACUGAGAGUGUAUGGAAUUUGGAUGGUGAGCUCUUUCAAGCACACCAACUCUCAGCACAAGUAUUUAGAGGCCUUGUUAGCUUAUUUGCAUCUGGUCCCGAAGUCUAACAGAAGACCUUGCAAAAGGGUUUCUUGGAGAAAUAUUACCUUUGCCUAUAUUGUACAGUCGUUUUGUAAUUGAGUUGUUCGAUCAAAAUAUGGUUGUACAAAUAAGAAAUAGUUAAUAUACUCGAGAUAAUUACUUAUUUACAAAAUACUGUCGAAAUUCAUCCUAUUUUAUAAUAUCUGCGAUGUGAUAUGAUUCUGAAGGAUGAACUGGAUAUAGACAGUUCCAAUAAGAUUUCAUUCUUGAACA